GCCUCCCCUGCGGAGCCUGCCCGGCAGCGGCUGCCCGGAGUCCCCGCGCCAGGCUCGGCAGCGGCGGCCGAGACGGUCCUUCUCCCCGGCGGGCUCGGCUGUUUCCUUUCCCCCGCUGCAGCGAGGCAGCCUGCUGGAGCAUGGCCCUCUGAUGGUCGUGGGGUUUUGGUACAGCCGCAGCGUGACUCUUGCCGGGUCAGAUGGCGACAGCCAACAAAGGCAGCAACCCCAAAGUGGGGGGAGUCCGCUUCUCCCCAACGCAGACGGUGGAGGGCAGUUCCAGCCACGUCCAUUUUGACGAGAAGCUGCACGACUCCAUGGUGAUGGUCAGCCAGGAGAAGGAAGGGGGCUUCUUGGUGAAGGUGGGCUUCCUGAAGAUCAUGCACAAGUACGAAAUCACCUUCGUCCUGCCUUUCGUGCAGGUCCUGGGAACGGACAUUCGCCCCGCGCCCCUCUCGAACCUGAAUCUCAAGGUGACCAACAUUGCGCCCGUCUCGGAAGGCUACAGGGUGAAGUGCGAAUACGUGGCCCACAAGGAAGGCGUCCUCCACGAAGAGAUGGUCCUUUGCAGCGAGACCAACCACAGUGCCAGCGUCAAAGUCGUCGUACAAGCCCGGGUGAUGGACCGACACCACGGCACUCCCAUGCUCCUGGAAGGCGUGAAAUGCAUCGGCGCCGAAGUGGAGUACGACUCGGAGCAAAGCGAAUGGCAGGGCUUCGACUAGCCCAGGAGGCGCCCCUCCCUGCCUUCCCCUCCCUCUAUAGAUAUAUACAGAUAUAGAUAUAUAUAUAUAUAUAUUUUUUCCGGUUAAAGCUUGAAAUAAUAAACAAAAAAUGCCAUCUCCGCUGCCCGCUGGCUGCCAGGUUUGAGCGCGCUUGUUGCCGGCCUGCUCCUGCGGCCCCUUGUCUUGUGCGCCUGGCGCUGCGCUUCCCUCCUCUCGACCCCCCCCACCACCACCGCACAGUGACAUCGACAACUACGCCCCCGCGUCAGUUGUGCUUCGUAGGCGCGUUCGGCCAGGCGCGGAUCCACCUCCGUAGCUUCCGUUUGGCCGGUGGUGCAGCUCAGGGCCCGCGCCAUCCGAUGGCGGCCUUCGUCCUCCAAAUUUAGGUCCGCCAUUUUGUUUUUCGUUUAUUCUGCCUGGUUUGGCAAAGUCUGGCGGUUUAUGGAGUCUAUGGAGGUUUUUUUUGCAACUGCCGUUUGCAAAAGGGGAGGGUGGGGGGAACCCAGCUGACCGGCAGAUUUCGGUUGGGGGGUUUUACUGUUCAGAGCAGGAGUCCCAAUCCCCCAGCCGUAGCCCACCGCUGCGUUGCAGCCUCUUGGGAGCUGAGCGGUGCACCCAUAAGCAUCUCUUGACGGUUGCACGCGCCCGCUGCUUGCGCGAGUGGAGUUGCCCGUGCCGGCCACUCGAACGGAACCCUCCCCUCCCCAUGCCAUUCCGCCAAGCCAGAAAGUCUGGGCGACUGGCGGUUUAGAGGAAGGAACUCAACUCGAACUCGCCCUGGCCAAUUCGGCCCGAGACAAUUCUCGGCGGGCUAAUUCAACCACUCGGCUUUAUUUUUCGAAAACGAUUUUUAAACAUAUUUGUUUUAAAAAAUCAUUCGCCUUUUUUUAAUUUCGUCCUUCCUUUGGCCUCCUUCCUUGUCACGAUUCUAUCCGGCGGUUCCUUCGAUAUUGUAUCCCGGGGUGUUGGGGUACAGCGUUUAGAGGUGGCCGAAGAGAUUGAGAAAGUGUUUCGUGUUCGGGGGGUUCUUAUUUUUGCUCCUCGGGAAAUGUGUCCGCUCUUUUAGCCCCCCCCCCAAAAAAAAAGCUGUUUGGGGAAGCAGGAAAUUACGGGUUUUGCGGGGUGUUUUGUUGGUGAAGCUGCUCCCCCCCCCAAAAAAAACCCCAGCUGCUUAGUGUUAAAAAGUUGAUCUCCAAUAUUGUUGGAAGUUUGUGAGAGUGUGGAAGUUCCACUGUGUUUUAAGAGGCUUUUAAGUUACUGCGAGACAGUUGGUUCCUGGGGACCGCUGCGCACAACCAAAGUUGCCUGUGGUUUGGGGGUCCCCCCUCUUUAUUCUCCCCCCCCCCACUUCCCUCUCCCAUUGUUGGAAAUGAACCCCACUCAGGAAGAGAGAGAGAGAGAGAAAAAAAAACCUUUUUGCAAAGACUCCCUGAUUUAUUUGAACCCCUGGUUCAUUUCCCCCCUGGCUACAAGGAUGGAUGCACCUGUGGCCCUGUUGGAGUGCAGACCCCCUCCCCCUGUUUAUUCCCAACACCCACCCCCCUCCUUCCUCCCCUCCCUCCCUCCAAGUUCGGUUAGCCUUGGAAGGUUUUCCUUCCAAAGGCAAAACUUUUGCUGCUGUUUAGGAGAUUAAGAAAGGGAAUUAUUCUCUUAUUGCCAUAUGAGGAGAGUUGGUUUCUUGCUUUUUUU